AUGGAGUAUAUGAACCUUGGUGUCCAAUCAAGGAAAACAGGACAAAAGACUAAGAAGAACGUCAGAAAGGAUGAAUUCAACAUGGAAAGCAUCGAUGGGUUCUUUAAAGAUGAUUCCACCAUGGAUACAUCAUCUUUGAAAAGGAAGAGUCUAGGGAAUAAGAGAAGAAAAUCAGACUUUCAAAAAAAUAUUUUACCCACCCAUUGGUCCAAAACAAUUGAUGAAAUACCUGAACCUUUACCGACAGUAUUAGAAAACAUUGCUGAAGAUGAUAACGAGAUUUCCCUAUUGGGAUCAUGGAAUAGUUUAGAUACGGUCAAACUUACGCAAGGCUCCCCAAGUUCUUUUAAGGGUGAAAAUGAAAAUGCUUCCUUUAAUACGUCCUUAAAUAACAAUUCAGUAAUUGAAGAUACAAGUUACAUUCCUGAUUCAGUUGAAAGUUCGGAUGAAAAUGCUUCUAUGGACUCUGAGGAUGCAGCAAAUAACGAGACCAUCGGCUCUGCAGAUGAAGAUGAUGUGAAUAAUUCGUCAUUAAUAAUUGAUGAACCUCAUGCUGAUCGAAUACGACGCUCUACUAGAGUCAAAGUACCACCGUUAGAAUAUUGGAGGAAUGAAAAAAUCAUUUAUAAAAGGAAGUCAUCUAAGCCAGUUUUAAAUAUUGAGAAGAUAAUAACAUUUGAUGAUGAUGAUGAUGAUGCUGACAACCGAACUGACAAGAAGUCCACUACAAAUAAAUCACGGCCUAAAGCAACAAAGCAAAACAUUUCAAAUAAUGCAAUCUCCAAAAAAAUAAAGUACGACGAAAUACCUGGUGGAGAAUGGUUAAAUCAAGGUAUGCUACAAAUGAAAGUUCGCACCGAGAAAGAUACCAACGAAAAGGAAAAGAUUAUUGCAUAUGCUCCUCAUGUUGCACAAGUGGAGAAAACAAUCAACAAAGGUGAUGAAAAAUUUACUCUGGGUAUUCUGUUUGAUGAACAUAAAAAACGCUUUGCUAGUGGCCAUAUCAAAUUACCAGUUAAUGGCUACAAGAAACCCCAAAACUCUUAUAAUACUUUCAUCACACUUUUUGUCAUGGAGGGAAUGGUUGAAGUUACUUUAAAUGGAGACACAUUUUUGAGUGUACCGGGUUCAAGUUUCCAGAUCCCAAAUUUCAAUAAAUAUUCACUUAAGAAUCAAGGAAAGAAAGAUGCAAAAUUAUUCUUUGUUCAGGUAACAGGUGAUUGGUAG